CUUCUCAAGCUCUCGACAAAACUGUGUUUGGGGUAGAGCACGUAAUCCUCCAUAGAAGAAUCUCCUAUCUGUAACCGUUUCUUAAUGAUGCGAACUAUGUUGAGUAUUUCUGUUUUGAUAUUUAAACAGUGAUUUUGAUUUCGUGGUGUGUUAUUUUAUGCAAUAUUUUCUUUCUUUCUGAGUUUUUAGUUUCGUCUGCAUCUGAGUGCGUCCUCCAGAAACAAUUUUUGGGAUAUACAUCGCGUAUUUAUAUCUUUAUUAGCUUCUAGAGUGUUCGAGUGGACAUGCCAAAUACUAAAAUAACUGUCACCAGCGUUUUGCAGAUUUCUAUUGACAAAAGUAGUGAAAUCGUGUUAUCUUCUAUGCAACGUUUCUCAUGUUUCGGAAAGAAACUAAAAGACGUAGCAUUUUAUUUUCAUUUUUUCCACGGAGAUUAUCGUCCUGAAGCAACUCCUGUCAUUUCAUCAAGUAUUGGUGCGUCUCCGAAUGUGCAAUUUCGGCUUGGCCAGAUGACAAUGCUCUCGAUAAUAUCCGGAAAAUACGGACCGGUGGCGGUUCUCAUAAUAAUUUUGACAUGUGCAGCCGUCACGCAUAGCUUUAAAAUUUUGAUUCUGUACCCGACACCUGUUUUUAGUCAUCAACGGCCUAUGCUAGCAUUGACUGAAAGAUUGAUCAAAGAUGGCCACGAAUUGUAUGUCGUCACUCCGAACCCAGUUUUGGAACUGAAGAAUCACGUCAACUAUACCUGCGCAGACACUUCAUUUGCGUGGGAGCAAAGGGAGGACGACAAGAAUAUAGCCAGCCUCUAUCACCGAGAAGUUUCUAAGUGGCAAGUACCGAAAAUGCCCGUGGCCAUGCUGAAAGUCGUGAGGAAUCAGUUACAAAGCCAGCCGUUUUUUGACCUCAAAAAGCACCUGGAAUCAGAAAAAAUAAAAAUCGACGUUGUCAUUGCUCAAUUUUUUCUACUCCCAUAUCUAUCUCCAAUGGCGCGCAUCUUAGCAGAGGAUGCCCCGAUUGUAUCAUUGUCAACAUUUCUCAUGGACAUUUUUACAGAGGACUACUUAGGCAGUAAAGUUCAUCUGUCUUAUUUGCCCUCUAUAUUUAAUCAUUACACGGAUAAAAUGAACAUAUGGCAGAAGAUUGAGAACUGGUUCUCUCAUCUCUACAUUCAAUCGAGUGUAGAGACACUGAUAACGGAUUCUGCGCGGGAAUUUUUCCGCGAUAAUUAUGGUCGAAGAGGCGAAAGUCUGGUGGACACUUGGUGGGAAAAAGUUUGCCUCACUUUGAGCAUUUCCAACUCGUUAUAUUACUAUCCAAGGCUAAUGGGUCCCAACGUCAUUGAAACAGGACCUCUGCAUAUCAAACCUCCAGAACAACUACCAAAGAACUUGCAAGACUGGUUGGACGGGGCGGAGAGAGGUGUGAUCUACUUUAGUUUUGGGAGCAACAUGAAAAGCUCAGCUUUACCACCAGACGUACUACAGAAUUUCCUAAAAUUCUUUCUAGAACUACCACCUGGCUACCGAGUGCUCUGGAAAUGGGAGCUCGACGGAAAAAUUCCAGGACAGUCAGAUAACAUUUUGAGCCAAAAAUGGAUGCCUCAACACAGCGUGCUGGCUCAUCCGAAAGUGAGGUUAUUCAUCACACAAGGCGGACUUCAGAGCUUCCAAGAAGCAGUUCAUUUUGGGGUCCCCACUCUCGCCAUCCCGUGGUUUGUGGAUCAGAAUUGUGUCGCGGCUAAAAUGAUCGAUUUGAAGGUUGGGAAUAAAUUGUUGCCGCAAGAUAUUCACUUCUUUGAGAAAAUCAAAAUUGGUAUCGAAACUGUGUUAUACGAUGAAAGCUAUCUGAAGAACAUGCGGCGACUUUCAGCCAUAUCCCAUGAUUUCACUUCUCAAGCCAUGGACAAAACGGUGUUCUGGAUAGAGCACGUUGCUCGUCAUGGAGGUGCAUCUCAUUUGAGACCAGCCACUGCUGAUGCGAGUCUCUUUGAAUACUUCUGCCUGGACAUUAUAUCUGUAAUCUUAGUGUCACUUUUCGUUAUUCUAUUUGCAUUAGUAUAUAUUUUCAAAUUUAUGAACUCGUAUGUAUCCAUAAAAUUCGGCGAAAAAAUAAAAAAAGCUUAAGUAUGGUGUCUCAUA